AUGCGCCGCACUCCUCUGAUGCUGGCCUCGGCCAUCCGCUCCCUGCAACAACCAACAUGUCACGAUCUUAGUCUCAGCGUUCCAGUAACCUCGACCGUCCCUCACCAUGACUUUGAGACCUCGGCAUAUUCGGCCGAGGUUCUCUACGCCCUUGCUACACGCCAAGUCCUCGUGACCAACACUUACAACAUUUCUGCCCGGUACUGCGAGCCCGCUAGCUCUGUGGCCGCCUCAGACACGAUCCAACUUUUAAUUCACGGCGCGACCUUCAACAAAAACAUGUGGGACGUGGCCUACAAACCCGAAUCCUAUUCCUGGGUGCGCCGCAUGACGCAAGUCGAGGGCUACCCCACUCUGUCCAUCGACCUCCCAGGUAACGGCAACAGUUCCUUUCCCGACGGAUUGCUCGAAUCGCAGACCCAAGUCUACGUCGAGACAGCCCACUCCGUUAUUCGACAGCUCAAGGAGACAAGCGUGGUUGGCAACCGACAAUGGGACAAAGUCGCUCUUGUAGGCUUCAGCAUCGGUGCCAUUGUUGCGAACUCCCUUGCCCUACAGCAUCCAGAUGAUUCUGACGCUGUAGUACUGCAUGGCAUCUCUUGGGACGCGACAUGGAUCUAUCCCGCCUUCCUGGCUGGGUUGCAAGGGCCAGCUCAGCAAAUUGACCCCGAGAAGUGGGGACAUUUGGAGCCGUACUACCAGACUCAGGCCAACAGGGAGGGAAGGAGGGCUGCCUGCUUUGCGGGGAGCUAUGAAGAGGAUAUUGUCGAGUACGACUGGUUGACGAGAGACUUCGACAGUCUGGGAGCGGCCAUCACAUUUACCUAUCACCUUGUUGACGCGCCAGAGUACAGAGGCCCUGUAUUUUUGGGCAUCGGAGAUCAGGACUCGACAUUCUGUGGCGGGCAGUACUGCAAACAUCAGCCCUGGGAUCUGUAUAGGAAGUUUCCAGAGGCGACGGGGUAUGAUGUGAAGGUGUAUCCAGAAACGGGGCAUCUCAUCUUGUAUCAUGAUACUGCGGAGCAGUUGAUGGCAGAUACCGUCAAGUUCCUGAGAAAGCAUGGUUUCUAA